UAACCCGCACAGUGGUAUAUUGAAGGCCCCCUUCUAGCAGACUGCUUUCUCUGGACAGCAAACACGGACAUGGCGGAUUAUGAUACCUACGAUGACCGGGCUUACGGUAGCUUUGGUGGCGGAAGAGGAAGACCUCGAGGUGCAGGCGGCCCAGGCGGACCCCGCAAGCAGAAGGAACUCCCAACAGAGCCUCCAUACACAGCAUAUGUAGGCAACCUGCCCUUCAACACAGUACAAGGAGACAUAGACGCCAUCUUCAAAGACCUCAGCGUGAGGAGUGUGCGACUAGUCAGAGACAAAGAGACCGACAAGUUUAAAGGUUUCUGUUAUGUCGAGUUUGACGACUUGGAAUCUCUAAAAGAGGCUUUGACGUAUGACGGAGCUCUGCUUGGAGAUCGAUCACUGAGGGUGGACAUUGCCGAGGGCCGGAGACAAGAGCGAGGCGGUGGAUUUGGCUUCCGAAAAGACGAAAGAGGCCGCGGUGGCUCACGGGGGCCCAGAGGAGGGGGACGAGACUCCAGAGACGACUACGACCACUCAGGAGGAGGGUAUAGAGAUGAUGACUUCAUGGGUGGGAGGAGUCGUGGAGGCAGUCGUCCUGGCGACAGAAGGGGCGGCGGUGGAAUGGGCCGCUACAGAGACGGACCUCCACGUGGAGGCCCGACAGACUUCAGAGAACCCUCUGAUGAGGAGCGAGCACAGAGACCAAGGCUACAGUUGAAGCCGCGCACAGUCUCCGAGCCCCUGAACCAAGUGGCCAACCCAAAUUCGGCCAUCUUUGGGGGUGCCAAACCCAGGGAGGAGCAUUGAUAUAGCCGUGUGGCUGCAUUAUUCCGGAAGGCUAGACUGGAUCUACGGGCUUUGGCCAGCAAAAAAUCUUUCAAGGUGCCAAGCUUCUCCGCUUGGCUAAAGAGAAGAUGAUUGAAAACAGGCACGGCAUGGGUUAACACCCACCCGUGACUAUCUGCUAUAAACGAACUUCCUACCCACCUAAGCGAGACUCUGAGGACAGUCACAUCAGUUUCAUUCUGUUGCCUUUGGGUAAGGACCUUACAGUAUGUGCUUUUGUCUCCUUUUCCCAAGGCAUUGUCAUGUUAAAUCAAUUUGAAAUGCGUGAAAACAGUAAUAAUUGCUACCCCUUUGUGUCUUCUGUAUUGCUUCCUAACUUGCUGCUCAGUUUUUUGAAAUAACAUUUUAGUUUCCACUGUCUUAAACAUUAAACGGCUUAAAUGUUAGGAUUCUGAAAUCUGAAUAGUCGUUUGUUUUUCAUACGUAAUUCAACAUUUUGGAAGAUUUUUUUGACCAUGUCUGUAUAAUCCAGGUGAGAAAUGCUUUCUGCGAAAAAGAUACAGCCACACCGUGAGUAGAAGAGUGAAAUGAAAGCAUGAUGGAUAUGAACAUGGAUAUCAGCUACAGUGUCAGUCAGGCUAUUAACUUUCACAGCAUGUACUUCAUCCAAAAAAAAAAAAACAAAAAAAAAUAGUGUUAGCUGUGGAUCUCUAACACAGUCAGUAAUACUGCCUUCACAUAGGAAACUUAUUGAAGAAACAUCACACACAUUUCCACUUAAGGUGACAUCAGGCACUCGUAUUGUCUACUAUUAGAUCAAGUAUAGAAUUCUCUUUGGGUAUCCAUGUGUUGCAACCAUUUUAUUUUACAUUUUACUGAACGUGAAAAAACGUAGAGCAUUUUCUUACUGUACUAUAAAAAGAAUUGGCUGUUUUUAUUCUUUUGUUUUUCUUUUCAUUUUCCUACACUGUUUAUGGCAAUAAAAUGUAUCAUCUUGAAA